UCUUCACCCAACUCCAAACAGCCCAAAGCAGGCAGAGCUCCACAAGAUGACUUUGACCAAGGCCUGCCCUGAUCAAGAUCUGAAGAUCAAACUUGCCGUGCGCAUGGACAAACCUCAGAACAUGAAAGCUUGUGGGUAUUUAUGGGCUGCUGGCAAAAACGUUUGGAAACGCUGGAAGAAGCGCUUCUUUGUCUUGGUCCAGGUGAGUCAGUAUACCUUUGCCGUUUGCAGCUAUCGAGAGAAGAAGUCAGAACCACAGGAGCUGCUGCAGUUAGAUGGCUAUACUGUGGACUACACUGACCCACAGCCAGGUCUGGAUGGAGGCCGGGCUUUCUUCAAUGCAGUGAAGGAGGGUGACACUGUGAUCUUUGCCAGUGAUGAUGAGCAGGACCGCAUCCUAUGGGUGCAGGCCAUGUAUCGAGCUACUGGCCAAUCACACAAACCCGUCCCGCCCACCCAGGUCCAGAAACUGAAUUCUAAGGGCGGAGCUGCGGCACAGAUGGAUGCCCCCAUCUCUCAGUUCUAUGAUUCCCUCACAAGUUCAGAUGCCAUUCAAUUUUCUCACUAUAAGACAGACCCUCUCCCUUCUGAAACAUUAUUACACUGUGCAAAUGUUUCACCCUCCACCUUAACACACCCCAGGUGGUCUUGAAUGGCACAGAGUAGUGGAAUAUAAAACAUGCAAUACACACACC